AUGGCUGCGGCCGCAGACUCGGACCCGAUGGAGAGCAGCUGUGAGGCUGAAGACGAGGACAGUUUGGAAGAAGAGGCCGAAGAGUUCUCCUCCUGCCCGCACUGCUCGGAGCUGGCUCAGCGGCAGAGCGAGCAGCGGAAGGCGGGACACUUCACAGACCUCACCCUGAUGUUUUCUAUCGGGGCCAGGCUCCACUCUGUGGCCGCGCAUCGGUCUGUGCUGUCGGCCGCUUCCACCUUCUUCUCUGAGCUGCUGAGCGCACAGGGAUCUGCCUCAUCCCCAGGGGCCUCCGGGGCCCCGGAGCUGCGGACCCCUUCCUCUGGGGCUCUAUCCUCUGGGAUCCCUUCCUCUGGAGCCCCCUCCUCUGGAGCCCCCUCCUCUGGGACCCCGGAGCUGCGGACCCCUUCCUCUGGGGCUCUCUCCUCUGGGACCCUGGAGCUGCGGGCCUGGAGCUCUGCCCCAGACCUGAGCACUGUGGAGGCGGUCAUAGACUACAUGUACACGGGACACAUCUCUGUGACUGUGCGUAACGUGAACCAAGUCCUGGAGCUGGCGCACAGGUUCCUGUUGGUCGACCUGAAGGCUUUCUGUGGAGAGUUCAUGAUGCGGCGGUUGACUUUAAAGAACUGCGUCCCCGUCCACUCCUUGGCUUUGACGUACUCUUUGGAGCGGCUCUCCAACAAAGCCACUGCCCUCAUCCGCAAACACUUCCACAAAGUCAUUCACGACAAAGAAUUCCAGACUCUGCCCUUCCACUUGGUCCGCUCCUGGAUGGCCGACUCCGAAAUCACCAUCAACAGCGAGCAGGAGCUGUUCCAAGUGCUGGUCGACUGGGUGAACCACGACAAAGAGGAGAGAGAGGAGCACUUUGAGGAGCUGUUUGGACUGAUCAGACUGACGCAGAUCUCGCCGGUUUACCUCAGCCGAGUCGUAAGAAGCCAAUCUUUAGUGUCCAGUAACAGCACUUGCCUUCAGCUUGUGUCCGAGGCCUUGGAAGUCCACGCCGUUAGCUUGGAACACCUCACGCUCGCCGACGUUGGGCUUUAUUCUUCGUACGUCAUGAAACUCGGGCCCCGUCUCUGUCAGAACAUGGACGUAAUCUUGGUUGUGGGCGGCGUGUCCGAAAACGGCGAACAUCUGAGCGAGUGCGUGGGAUAUUUCGUCGCCGAGGAUCGCUGGGUCAACCUGCCGCACAUUCACAAUCACCACGACGGACACGCCAUCGCCGUCACUGACCGUUACGUGUACAUAGCAGGAUCCAUGGAGCCCGGAUUCGCCAAGGCUGUCGAGCGUUACGACCUUUACGAAAACUUUUGGGAACCUCUUUGCACUUUAUCAACUCGCAAGCACUCGUUUGGUUUCGCUUUCGUCAAUAACGUCCUGUACAGUAUCGGCGGACACGGGAACUUUAGCCCCGGGUUUAAAGAAGUGGACGUUUACAACCCGGAGCAGGACCAGUGGAACAGCCUGGAAUCAGCCCCGCAGAUAUUAAGAGACGUGAAAACGGUUGUAGUGGACGAUCGAUACGUCUACAUGAUGGCCCGGACUCCUAUCGAUCUGGACGAGGACGACGGUUUGCGCACGGUGGGGAUUUGCUUCGACACGGAGACCAACAGGUGGCAGGAAGUGGCGUCUUUGCCUCUGCUGGACAACUACUGCACUUUUCAGAUGGCGCUCUCUUGCUCCAACUUCUACAACACUUCCUCGUUCUGUCCCCAAAGCUACAAAGUGAGCAACGAAGAGGCGCAGCAGAAAAUCUCCACCAGUGUCCCGGAGGACAUCCUGGACAGUCUGCCUCCAGAGGUCCUCUUGCUGGAAGGUGCCAGCGUCUGCUACUUUGCCGAAGAUAUUUUUGUGAUUGGCGGAUGGAAGGGAAGCAAUUUCAUGGACAAGCAAUGCAGGAAAGAGGCUUAUAGAUACUGCGCCGAAAGGAAACGGUGGAUGUUGCUUCCUCCGAUGCCGCAGUCGAGGUGCAGAGCUGCAGCUUGCCACAUUCGGGUCCCGUACAAAUACCUCCAAGGGCACCAGCAGUACCCCACUCCCCAGAACUUCACACGUCACAGAGACAGGUUUCAACACCUAAGGAAUCUCCAGAGAAGGACACUUACUCUGCGCAGACAGCUGCAGGCUCAGAUUGAAUGUUGA